UGUCCGGAUUGUGGGAGCAGUUUGCUCUCUUCCCAACGCCACGCAGCUGCAGCCAUCAAUGCACUCCUUCUUCAAGCUCGAGCCCACAUCACAGCCUAUGAGGUUGGUACUCUGAUUUGUGAGGACCCCGCGUGUGCCCUGGCCACUCGGACAAUCUCUUGUCCCCCAUCGACGGUUGCCGGUGGCCCCUCAGAUGGCUCCUGGGUGUCCACGGGCGCGCAACUUCAGCAGCACCAACCCCUCUGUCCACUUUGUGGUGCUGGACAUAGUGUGAUGAGACCACGACACUCUGAGAUUCAGCUCUACAGACAAUUGCUCUUUUAUAGGCAUCUGCUUCUACCACCCUGCGACGGAGAUAUGAAAAUUGAUAGGAAAUCGAGCGAUUCGGAGGCUCCUUCGAAUCUGCUGCCGAUAGUUCGUGACACUCUGGAAUCAGGCCUACGUCAUAUUCGGCGUUACUUGGAUCAGUCAGCCUUUGCGAUGGUAGAUCUGGGUCAAAUCUUUGCUGGCUUGAGAGUUCUUCCUUCUCCUCCUCCUCAUAAUUCACAGGGAAUUGGAAGUACUUCAACUGUGAAUGCGACAUCAGUGACAAUUUGA